AUGGCCACAGCGGCUCUUGUGAACUCAGCACCAUCUCACCUCUGCUUCCCUCCAAGCACAGCGGUCGCUUUCUCCUGGACAAUUGCCAUCGACAUGCACGUCACCAGGCCAAAAUCUGCCAAGGGACGCACCAGGCCGAGCUUCAGUUGCUCUCAGAGUGUGGAAACUUGUCCUUGCCGAGUGCCACCUUCCCCCCCUCCACCAGCAGCUCCCCACGAAUUGGUGAAAAGCCGGAGAGCAUCGUUCAGAAAAGCAGCGUUCCCAUCUGGCCAAGUGUCUCCUGAGGAAAUCCCGGAGCUCCUGCAGCAAGUGCCUUUGAGGACCUCCUCUUCCCUGAACAAGUACAGGGUGCUCCCCUCCAUCGGCCAGAAAGGUGCAGGGAGCAGCAGGGCUGUGGAAACAGCCCCUGAACAGAGCGACCGGCUGGAAGCGAGCUGGGGACAGGAGGACACUCUGAAAAUCAAAACUCUCCCUGGAGAACAAGGAUCUGCCAGAGUAUUGUCAGGAAAUGAUGUCCCUGCUGAAGAAGGCUCACGUGUGCAAUGUCCUGAGAAGCUGGGGAGGAAAAUGAGACAAGAGAGCCCUUUGACAUCAGCUUUAAUUGUGGAAGAGCCGCCCAAAGAAAAGUCCCACUUGCUGCUCGCUGUUCGAUCUCCAUCUGGUCAGAGAUUUGAACAUCAUUUCAAGCCCACAGACAGUCUCCAGACAGUCCUUGCUGUGGCAGAAGAGAAAAUGUCGGCCAAGUACCAGCACUGCAGCAUUGAAAUGAUGGAGGUGCCCCGAAGGAGUUUUUCUGACCUCACGAGGUCCCUCCAGGAAUGUGGGAUUCUCCACAAAUCCGUGCUGUGCAUCCGCCUGAAGGAGCAGCACCAGGCAGAUCUUUAG